UUUUUUCUAUCUCUUUUCUUUUAUUUUCUAUCUUUCUUUUUCUUCUUUUCCAAAAACCUUCUUUUUUUUUCUUCUUCUUCAUUCAUUGGUCUUCUUUUAGUUUAUUUGAAUGGCGUUGGUAUCUCCUCAAGAUGUAAGUAUACGUCUUGCUUUGGAUGAAAAAAAACCUUAUUUUCCUGGUGAACAUAUUCGCGGUACAGUUUUAUUGGCCUGUCCUCGAGCCGUCAGUCCUCAUGGUAUUCGUUUGAUAUGGGCUGGUGGUGUGACUAUUCGACCUUCUCCUCAAGAUCAAGAAAAUUACUUGUAUUUUAGACGAAACUACGCUAUCAACAACGACAAGAUGGAAGGGAAAAAAGUAAGCAAUGGUGUUGCUUACAAGUCAUCAGCUUUUGUGGAAAAUCAGGAUACAACUACACCUCUUUAUUUUGUUAUGGAACAAUCUGUUACUUAUUCUUUUGCUUUUGACGUUAAAGUACCUAUUGACGUACCAUUACCAAGUAGUACUGAGGCUGAAGCUUCAAUGUUGGGUGGGAAAAUUGUUUAUACUAUUGAAUGUUGUUUAGAUUUGAUUAUGAAUGAUCCUCAUCCUGCAAGAGCUCAUACUAUGGUGACUGUAUUGGAAAAUAUGAAUGUUGGUAUACCUGAAUUGGCUGUACCUAGAACUGUUGAAUCUGUUUAUGCUUUAUGGUUAACUGGUAAUUCCAAGUCAAAUCAAUGUGAUUAUAGAACUGCAAUGCGUGCUACUCUGCCUGUUCAAGCUUGUGCAAGAGGUGAUAAUCUCACUAUUGUUAUCCAUGUUUGGCACAGUGCUGAAUUUCAACGACCUAAAGGUGUUACUGUUAGUCUUGUUCGCUUACGUCAAUUACAUUAUCAUGGAAGUGAUUACGCAUUCCCGGACGAAACCAUUCUUUCCAUGAGGGCUGAUGUGGAUCUACGGCAAGAAAAACGCUAUGUACAAACCUUAAACUGUUGUCUACCUAUUCGACCAGAUAUCACUCCCAGUAUCGGCGCAAUUGCAAAACUUUUGGAAAUCUCUUACAAGAUACAUAUCAAGGUGCAACUACAAGAAGGAACUUAUCAAACUCCAGCAGGUGAUACUCAAAGCUUUAUGUCUGUUGAAAUUCCUCUCCUUAUUGGUACGGUACCUCUAAUAAAAGGCAAGAAAAAGGUCAUACCACGCAAAAAUGUGCCACAACCAAUCACCCCCGAAUCAAAGAAAAGUGAUGGAUCAAAGGGUAACGAUAAUCAAUCAGUGGGGUCAUCAGAUACAAAGAAGAAACAAAGUUAUUUUGGUCGAAAAUCAUCGAAGCAGGAAGAGAAAAAGGAUGGAACACUUCGAAGGAUUAUUCCCAGCAUGUUCAAGAAACCUAAACCAUCUAAUGAUACAGCAACUGAAAUUAGCAGUACUCAUUCCAACAACCAUGCUGAUGAUGAACCUAUUCAAAACAAUAGCGGUAUAUCCUCAGCGAAGAACACUGAUUACGACCAACGCAAUUCUUACCACAAUGGUUCUCAACAUUCUCAAUCGAUCUCAUCACCAAGAACAGAAGAUAUUAAACUUACGAGUCAAUUACAAGGUAUGCAAAUUGGAAACCAACCUACCAAAGCCACGGAUUCGGAAAUGGAACUCAAACCUGAUGAAAUAGACGAUGAGAUAUAUGAUCUGGAAUAUCUGGCAGCAAUCAACAAGGCGAAAGAGGCUAACCGUCUGGACUCAAUCAAGGAUGCAUCAUCGACUGGUCUCCCUGGAAAUGAUUCACUACCACAAAACUCUGUUACUUCCAACAGUAAUGAUGAAGAGACAGGCGUUAAAUAUCACAGCAUUCUCCCAUCAUCCGAGGACGAAGAUGCAGGUGUCGAUUAUCACAACAUUUUCCCAUCAUCCGAUGACGAGGACUACGAACUAGACGACAUUACUGACAAAGUUGACAAUGAACAAACCAUAAAGAACGAAACAACAAGUAACAAUGACAAUAACCCCUUGGAAUCCCAUUUAGUCACUACUGUCUCAUCUGAUGAAGAAGAUAACAGCAAUAUGAAAAGCAACAAUAUGCACCACAUUAAUAAUACCAGCGAAAAUACCAACACCAGCCAUUUGAACACACGUACUCUGGAAGAUACAAGCGUCAUCAAACCCACUGAAAUUGAAGAAUUGCAAAAGGAUACACCACCAUCCACCAGUUAUUAUCACCAACAACUUCCUUCGCCACCACCAGAUAGGGUACAGCAUCAAUUCAGAGGUUUGGACGAUGAUUUCAAUAGCGACAGCGAUGAUGAAUUUGAUAACUCACCACUGAAUCUAUUAUCAAGAAAAAUACGCCAAAAUCGACAGUAGGAUUACCUUUUAUAUAUUUUAGUAUUAUUUAUUUAUUUAUUUAUUAUUUAUUUAUUCACAUGUAUUAGAUAGUACAUAUAUUUGGCUGGAUGAUCUUGUCAAUAUGUUG